GUUCGAGAGCUGGACGAGACAAUGCUAGGCCUAGCGGAGCUCCUGGAGGAAGGAGGAGUCGAACUGCUCAGCAAAGAAGCAGCGUGCCCUUGCCAGCUUUUUUGCACACUUUUUUCCCGAUAACGACGAGCGGGAGAGCCUGGAAUGAUGUUAUGAUUGGUUCUUCCUCCUGUUCCUGAUCCUCUACGUCGUAAGAAGUACUUCUUGUUUUAAUAAUAAUAUGAAUACUCAAUCUUCAGUUAUCUUCAUUGCUGUAUUCUUCAUCAAUUUUUUUUAUCAUCAUCCCAUUCCACCGUGCGUUAUUUCACCGCCAUACCCUUCUUUCUAGUACUAGUACGACUUAGUACUCGUUGAAUAUACAGCAGCAUGCUUCCACGACUUUCAUUUCCCGUCUCGGUUCCAGCACGUCACCACAGCAGGACUUCCUGGAGUUCCAGCAGAAGAUCGCUGCUAUGAAACACGACGCCGUAGGAGACCACCUACAGGGGGAGCUAGGAACGUUUUUGACCUUUGUCAAAGGCUUUGUGGGGAUAGGGAUCCUCUCUUUGCCGUAUGUUAAGGCUUCGUUACCCUAA